GCAUUACCCUUUACGCACACCCCUACACCUUGUUAUUUGUCCUUUAUUUCUCCUUGUUUUUGUUCUCUCUUCUCUCUUCCUCUAUUCAUGACUCUAUACCGGUUUUGUUUCCUUGUUUCCUAGUUUAGUACUUCUGGAGAGGAUUUUGAGUGGAUUUAAGGCCAGCAAGCAGUCUCGCUAGGGAGAGAAUUGAACGCCCAGCUCACUCGUUAUAUAUAUAGCCGUCCAAGAAUUCCUGGUAAUGGCAGAAGAUAUGAAUCUGUCCAUAAAUGGCAAAUCUCAGGUUCCUCCAGGCUUCCGUUUUCAUCCAACGGAAGAGGAACUUCUUCACUACUACUUGAGGAAGAAAGUUGCUGAUGAGAAGAUUGACCUUGAUGUGAUCCGCGAGGUUGAUCUUAAUAAGCUCGAGCCAUGGGAUAUUCAAGAGAAAUGCAAGAUUGGAUCAACUCCUCAGAAUGACUGGUACUUCUUUAGCCACAAAGACAAAAAGUAUCCAACUGGGACUCGAACAAAUCGUGCAACAGCAGCUGGAUUUUGGAAGGCCACAGGCCGAGAUAAGAUCAUCUAUAGCGGCUUUAGAAGAAUUGGAUUGAGGAAGACUCUAGUGUUCUACAAGGGACGAGCACCACAUGGACAAAAAUCAGACUGGAUCAUGCAUGAAUACAGGCUAGAUGAAAGCGUCCAUGACACUAGCGUCUCUAAUUCAGUAGGAGAGUCAAUGACCGAAGACGGAUGGGUAGUGUGCCGUGUCUUCAAGAAGAAGAAUUUUCAGAAAGCAGCUGAGAGUCCUAAAACCCCCUCAAUCUCUAUGGAUUCAAAUGCUCAGAUUCUUGGCUCCAGAAACGAAGGCGUCCUGGAUCAAAUACUUCUAUACAUGGGAAGGAAUUGCAAGCCGGAAAACGAGUCAUUCAGCAACAUCAGCAUCUCCGACGUCCACAGUAACAACAUGAUGUUCCUCACUACAGAAAAACAAACAAGCCAGCUUGUCGAUGAAGGGCUCCAUGACAGAUUCCUUCAUCUCCCACGAUUAGAGAGCCCAUCUCUUCCUUCUCUUCCAAUUGGCAACUCACCCUUCGAUCAUGACCACAGUUUCAAAGCUUGUUAUCAGCCAUUCGAUCACGACCAGAUGCUCACAGAAACCCAACCUUGUUUCACCAACCAAACAGCUAAUUGUACUGGCAACGACAAGACCCCAGUCGAUCAUGAUCAUGAUGAAUCGAAAACCAGGCUUAGUGAUUGGGCCACCUUUGAUCGUUUGGUGGCAUCGCAGCUUAAUGGUCAAGAGGAGACAGCCAAGCAAUUAUCCUGCUUUAAUGACCCCAACAUGACUUUCUGCACUGCUCCCGAUGAUAAUGAUGUACAAUUCUCGGACAUACGUUCGACUAGUACUACUAGGCAAAGUCAAAUCUCGCACGUCUACAACAACGAGAACGAUAUCUGGAGCUUCACCAAAUCAUCAUCCUCACCAUCGUCAUCCUCAGACCCUUUAUCCCACUUGUCAGUAUAACCUUAAGUCUUCGGUAUAUCAAUACAAAAGAUCGAUCAUAGUACGUACUGUAUCUCUAAUAAUUAAUGUCUAGGUAUAAGUGCUCAAAGACAACACAUCAUGUAUUGCACAAAUAAUUAGGUGAAAUAUAGACACAUAUGCUCGUGAUAGGUGGGGGUCGAUCGAGACAUCAUCUUUGGUUUAAUAAGUAUUUCUUUCGUCCA